AGCGCAGAGAAAGGAGAUUAAAUCAAUCUGCUUAACUAUUCACGAGGUCUAGAAACGAGCUGUGUUAGCAGCCACAGGAACACUUGUGAGAACAUACAGUGUUAUGCUUUAUUUACUGGAUAUCAACCGACCCUGCAAGUGUUCUUCUGAGGUUUGCCGCCUGGAGCCUGCCCCUGCGGGGGUAAAAAGGAGGCGCCAUGGGGGCAGGAGGACAAAUCAAACUCUUGCUGUGGAAGAACUGGACCAUCCGCAGGAGGCAGAGGGUACGUUUCUUCAUGGAGAUCAUGUGGCCUGUUAUGCUCUUCAUGGGACUGGUAUGGCUAAGAAGAGUGAAUCCACUCUACCGUCAACACGAAUGCCACUUCCCCAAUAAGGCCAUGCCCUCAACUGGGGUCCUACCAUGGAUGCAGGGGAUCUUCUGUAAUGCCAACAACCCUUGUUUUCAACACGCCACCCGUGGAGAAUCUCCUGGCCUGGUGUCCAACUACAACAACUCCAUAUUGGCUCGGUUCUACGCAGAUGCCCAGGAGCUUCUUCUCAGUGAUGAAGAGUUACUCCAGUAUGGUCGCCUCUGGAGGGAACUGAACGCCAUGAGUAACUUCAUGGACACUCUGCGGACCCACCCUGAACAAGUCUCAGGCCGAGGGGUAAAGGUGGAGACUAUCCUGAAGGAUGAUGAGACUCUGACGUCAUUCCUGCUGAGAGACAUUCCUCUCACAGAGUCUGUGGUGUAUCAUCUAGUCAAUGCCCAAAUCAGGCCUGAACAGUUUGCUUUCGGGGUCCCAGAGCUACAUCUGAAAGACAUCGCCUGCAGCCUGAACCUGCUGGAGCGAUUCCUCAUUUUCCAAAGCCACCGAGGACUCUACGCCGUUCGCAACGCCAUGUGCCUCCUCACCCCGCAGCGGCUGCAGAUCAUCGAGGACAAAUUUUACGCCAACGUUGACUUUUUCAAAGUCUUCCGCCUGCUUCCUCAAGUUCUGGACAAUCACUCCGAAGGCAUUAACAUUCACUUCUGGGUACGGAUAGUCUCCGAAGCUUCGGACAAACUGCAAGAGUUCCUCCAGAGGAGUAGCUUCAGGGAGUUCGUCCACAUCCUGACUCCUCUCUUCAAGAACAGCAUGUCCUUCAGGCAGGUGAUGUCCGCCGCCUCCAGCCUCGUAUGCGGCUACACGGAGGGGGCCUUUUCCCAAGUCACCUCCUUCAACUGGUAUGAGGACAAUAACUAUAAAGCCUUCCUGGGUAUCGGCAGUGGCUGGGCACAGGGCCACUACACGUACGACAACAGCACCACUGCAUUCUGCAAUGACCUGAUGCAAGAACUGGAGUCCAAUCCUGCCACCAGGAUUGUGUGGAACUCUGUGAAGCCCAUGCUAAUGGGACGGAUUCUCUACGCCCCCGACUCUCCAGCUGUCAGACGGAUCAUACGAAAUGCAAACACUACAUUUGAGGAGCUGGAGAGACUGAAGACAAUGGGGAAGGCCUGGGAGGAAGUGGCUCCUCAGAUCUGGGCUUUUUUCCAAGAUGGAGUCCAAGUCAAGAUGAUCCGGGACACCAUCCGCAAUCCAUCUGUAAUGGACUUCAUUGACAGGAGUUUAGAAAACGCGCCGUUCUCGUCCAAGCACAUCCUCAACUUCCUGCACAACGGCCCACCAGAGGAUCGUGCAGACGACGUGCCUGAUUUCGACUGGCGAGACAUUUUCAACCUCAUUGACCGGGUCAUUCGGAUGCUCAACCAGUACGGGGAUUGUGUGAUUCUGGAUAAAUUUGUGGCUCUGCCUAACGAGGAUGCGGUCACGCACCAGGCCUUGGACCUGCUGGAGGAAGGCAAGUUCUGGGCCGGCCUCGUCUUCGUAAAUAUGUACUCUUGGACGGCCAAAGUCCCGCCUCAUGUUCAGUUCAAGAUCCGUAUGGACAUUGAUGUGGUGGAGCGCACCAACAAGGUCAAAGACAGGUACUGGGAUCCAGGCCCCAGAGCUGAUCCUUUGGAUGACCUCCGCUAUAUUUGGGGUGGCUUUGCCUAUCUUCAGGACAUUAUAGAGCAUGGGAUCAUCAAGACUCAGACUGGAAAGGAAUGGCCACUGGGUGUUUAUCUACAGCAAAUGCCCUACCCCUGUUAUGUGGAUGAUCUCUUCAUGUUGACGCUGAGCCGCUGCUUCCCCAUCUUCAUGGUGCUGGCCUGGGUCUACUCCGCAUCCAUGAUAGUGAAAAGCAUCGUUCUAGAGAAGGAACUACGCUUGAAGGAGACCCUGAAGGCCACGGGGGUCACCAACGGUGUCAUUUGGUCCACCUGGUUUAUUGACAGCUUUCUCAUGAUGGGCACUAGCACAGCUCUGCUUACUGCCAUCAUCAUGGGAGGGAGAGUGUUGAACUACAGCAACCCUGUCAUCCUCUUCCUCUUUCUGCUCACCUUCACCACGGCUACCAUCAUGCAGUGCUUCCUCCUCAGCGUCUUCUUCAACCAGGCCAACCUGGCCGCGGCCUGCUGCGGGAUUGUUUACUUCGCCCUCUACCUUCCGCACAUCUUCUGCUUCGCCUGGCAAGACCGCAUCACCAAAGACAUGAAGAUCCUGGCGAGUCUCCUGUCCCAAGUGGCAUUUGGCUUUGGGACAGAGUAUUUGUCCAGGUAUGAGGAGCAGGGUCUUGGUCUGCAGUGGGACAACAUCCAGACAAGCCCCCUAGAGGGGGACGAGUUCUCCUUCAUCACCUCCAUCUCCAUGAUGGCCAUGGACACUGUACUCUACGCUGUUCUGGCCUGGUACCUGGACAACGUUUUCCCUGGGCAGUAUGGAAUCGGCCGGCCUUUUUACUUCCCCUUCCUGCCCUGUUAUUGGCUCAACAGUGUUGCUCCAGCCUCAGGCAACAACAAAAUGGAGCUGGAUAAAAAGGGCUUUGAUAACCUGGCAAACAAGGACCAAGGAGAGCAGCAACAAAAAGAGGAGGAAGAAACCCAAGAAGAAGAAAAAGCCCAGACUAUGGAAGAACCGCCUUCAUGUGAGCACCAGGAUCGGCGUGAGAGGCUGGGGAAGGAAGACCAGGCUGAAGAAGAGACGGACCAGGAGAAAGACGAGCAGACAUUCUUCGAGCCAGAGCCAGUUGAUCUGGUGAAAGGUGUUUGUAUUAAGGACCUGGUCAAGGUCUUCGGCAGUUCCUACAAACCGGCCAUCGACGGCCUCAGCAUCAACUUCUAUGAGAGCCAGAUCACUGCCUUUCUGGGCCAAAAUGGAGCUGGAAAGACCACCACUAUGUCUAUUUUGACUGGAAUGUUCCCUCCAACCUCGGGGACAGCCACCAUUUAUGGCAAGGACAUCCGCAAAGAAAUGGACACCAUCCGUCUGUCUCUUGGAAUGUGCCCACAACACAACAUCCUUUUUCAGCAUAUGACUGUAGCAGAGCAUAUCCUCUUCUACGCACUGCUCAAAGGUCGUCCAAUAGCCGAGGCAGAGGAAGAGGUGGAGAACAUGCUGCAGGAUCUGGGCCUUCCCCACAAGAGAGACGAGCUGACCCAAAACCUUUCAGGAGGCAUGCAGAGGAAGCUGUCAGUUGCCCUGGCUUUUGUUGGUGGGGCAAAGGUGGUGAUCCUGGAUGAGCCCACGUCUGGGGUGGACCCCUACUCCAGACGUUCUAUUUGGGACCUACUGCUUAAAUACCGCGGAGGGCGAACAGUGAUCAUGUCCACCCACCACAUGGACGAGGCCGACCUGCUGAGUGACCGGGUGGCUAUCAUCUCUCAGGGCCGCCUCUACUGCUGUGGUUCACCCAUUUUCCUCAAGAACUGUUUUGGCGCCGGCUUCUACCUCACUGUUGUGCGGCGAAUGAAACACGACACGCUCAAGGCCAGCUGUGAUUGCACACAGGACUGCUCCUGUGACUGCUCAAAGUGUUCAAAGUUUAAAGCCGAGCAGAAAGAGAGCAAGGCCCCAGACAGACAGAUGGAUGGUAACAUGGAUGCCAUCACCACCCUGGUCCACCACCACGUGCCACAGGCUCGUCUGAUCGAGGCUAUCGGCCAGGAGCUCACCUACCUCCUGCCAAAUCGUAACUUCCAGCCCAGGGCCUACGCUAGUUUAUUCAGAGAGCUGGAGGAGACCCUCAUGGACAUCGGCCUCAGCAGCUUCGGUGUGUCGGACACAUCACUGGAAGAGAUCUUCCUGAAGGUCACUGCAGACGUAAAUGCAACCAGCAGAAAAUGUAUUCCAGAGAAGAGAUCAUUGCGACAGCUUUCUCGAGCUAGUUUCUGUGGAUUCAACAGAGUGGCUGUUGAUAUGGAGCCGCUAAAAGAGUCCAAUGGACACAGCCCAUGUAAUACCUCAGAUGGCAGUGCAGGCAGAGGAUCCUACCAGGUCAGAGGCCUCUGUCUGAUCACCAAACAGUUGUUUGCUCUUCUGAUCAAGAGGCUGCAUCAUGCCACACGCUCCUUCAAAGAUUUCAUCGCCCAGAUCGUGCUGCCAGCAAGUUUUGUUUUCCUGGCUCUGACGUUCACACUGAUUGUUCCACCUUUUGGAGAGUAUCCUAGUUUGACCCUCAGCCCCUGGAUGUAUGGGCGGCAGUAUACCUUCUUCAGCAAUGAACGUCCUAUGGAUGCUCAGAUGAGAUACUUUGCUGAGGUGUUACUGGAUAAGCCUGGCUUCGGCACUCGCUGCAUGGUAGAUGAACCACUAGAAGAUUUCCCAUGUAACAACAUCACCACAGAGUGGGAGAUGCCAUUGGUUAACCCUGCUCUGAUAGAAAGGCUCGCCGGCCCGGAGUGGAACUCCCUUAGACCAUCUCCAGAAUGUCAGUGCAGCACACCCAAGAAACUCACCAUGCUCCCUGUGUGUCCUGAGGGUGCUGGAGGCCUGCCACCUCCACAGAGGAUCCAGACGACAGGAGAUGUUCUCAUGGACCUAACGGGUAGGAACAUCUCUGACUACUUGGUGAAGACCUACCCCAGCCUCAUCAGAACCAGCUUGAAAAGCAAAUACUGGGUGAAUGAACAAAGGUAUGGUGGUAUAUCAGUCGGUGGGCAGCUUCCUGUUUUAGAGCUGCAGCCGAAGACCGUUCAGGAUGUUGCAGUUCAGCUGGGUCGACUACUCAACGUUACUGGGGGCAAAUACUCCAAACAAAUGCUGAAGGACAUUGGGACAUUCCUCCGGUACAUGGAGACUCAAAAGAAUGUCAAGGUGUGGUAUAACAAUAAAGGCUGGCAUGCCAUGGUAUCUUUUAUGAACGUGGCCAACAAUGCCAUCCUCCGUGCACAUCUGCCCAAAGGAGCUAACCUGGACGAAUACGGAAUCACUGCUAUCAACCAUCCCCUGAACCUCACCAAAGAACAGCUCUCCGAGAUCACUGUUCUGACCACGUCUGUAGAUGCAGUGGUGGCCAUUUGUGUCAUCUUUGCCAUGUCCUUUGUCCCAGCCAGCUUUGUCCUCUAUCUCAUCCAGGAGAGGGUCACUCAGGCCAAGCACCUCCAGUUUGUCAGUGGCGUCAGUCCACUGGUGUACUGGAUGGCCAACUACCUGUGGGACAUGGUUAAUUACUCCAUCAGUGCUGCGAUGGUGGUGAAAAUAUUUAUCUUUUUUGAUAAGAAGUGCUACACCUCACCCACCAACCUUGAACCACUUAUUGCCCUGCUCCUGCUUUACGGCUGGUCUGUGACACCCAUGAUGUACCCGAUGUCCUACAUAUUCAGUGUCCCCAGCACAGCCUAUGUCUCUCUAUCGUCCAUCAAUCUCUUCAUUGGCAUCAACAGCAGCGCCAUCACCUUCAUCCUGGACCUUUUUGAGAGCACCACAGCUCUGUACAAGCUGAACCAGCUGUUAAAGACAAUGCUGCUCAUCUUCCCGCAUUACUGCCUGGGCCGAGGCCUCAUAGACAUGGCCAUGAGCCAGGCAUUGACCGACAUCUACGCUCGCUUUGGUGAGGACUACGGUCCAGACCCGUAUGACUGGGACUUUAUUGGGAAGAACCUGUUCUGCAUGGCUGUCGAGGGAUUUGUCUAUUUCAUCAUUAACAUUCUCUUCCAGUAUCGUUUCUUCCAGGAUAACUGGACACCUGACAGCCCAAAGCGUCAUAUUUUGGAAGAGGAUGAAGACGUAGCUCAGGAAAGAGAGCGAACCUACCAGAGUAGAAAAUCAAAUGACAUUUUACACAUAAGAGACCUGUCCAAGAUAUAUUCAGGAACAAUUAUCCCUGCUGUGGAUCGUAUCUGUGUUGGAGUAUCACCUGGAGAGUGCUUUGGUCUCCUGGGCGUAAAUGGAGCAGGGAAGACCACAACCUUUAAGAUGCUGACUGGAGACAUAGAUGUCACCUCUGGAGAGGCCUCAGUUGCUGGUUACAGCAUUUUGACCAACAUCCUGGAUGUCCAUCAGAACAUGGGAUACUGCCCACAGUUUGAUGCCAUAGACGAGCUGCUGACAGGCAGAGAACAUCUGCACCUGUACGCUCGCCUCCGUGGAGUCCCAGAGUGUGAGAUCAGCCAGGUUGCAGAGUGGGCCAUACAGAAGCUGGGGCUCUCAGAGUAUGCAGGUCGAAGUGCUGGGACCUACAGUGGAGGUAACAGGAGGAAACUGUCCACAGCCAUUGCCAUGAUCGGCUGUCCUGCUCUGGUGCUACUGGAUGAGCCCACCACUGGUAUGGACCCUCUCUCCAGACGCUUUCUCUGGAACUCCAUCAUGAGUGUUAUUCAGGAUGAACGAGCUGUGGUCCUUACCUCACACAGUAUGGAAGAAUGUGAGGCUCUGUGUACACGCUUAGCCAUCAUGGUCAACGGAUCGUUCAAGUGUCUGGGAACCAUUCAGCAUCUCAAAUACAAAUUUGGCGACGGCUAUGUGGUGACCAUGAAGAUCAGGGCAGCUAAGGCCGGCUGUGCCCCAGACCUGAACCCUGCAGAAGCUUUCAUGGAGAGCACCUUCCCUGGCUGCAUCCAGAGAGAGAAACACUACAACACUCUGCAGUACAAGAUCUCCUCCUCCUCCCUGGCUAGGAUCUUUCAAAUGGUGCUCUCUAACAAAGACAAGCUCAACAUUGAGGAUUACUCUGUGUCACAGACCACCCUGGACCAGGUGUUUGUGAAUUUUGCCAAGCAGCAAUUAAGUGAUGAAGAAAGCAUCGUCUUGCAUCCGAAGGCUGCAGGUGCACAGCGAUACAUAGAAUCCCCUCCCUCUAAGUCUUUAGGGAGUUGAAAUUUUGUCUUUGAGUUCAACUGGAAGAGAUGCUAUGUGAAGGCCUAAGGAUGUGUAUGUCACUCCAGAGGGCUAAAAGCUAAAAUGCAGAAACAGAACCUCACCACAACCCCCCCACCCACUAGCCUCCCACUAGAGGCCCCUGACAGGGGCAUCAGUUCUGGGAUACUGUAAACCACGGGGGAUGAACUUUUGGUAAAAGAAGUGUUAAUCCACGAUCGGAGGAGCCUUUAGAAUAUGGCAAUUGAUUGGUUGCAUAGACUUUAAAAUGCAGUGUUAAAUUUGACAAAUGUUCCAUUUAGCUUUUCCGCUAAACAGGGUUAGUGGGCUUUGGAUUUUGGAAAGUGUGGAGCAUUUAUGUGCCUGCUGUAUGUUCCAGGUUCUGCUCACCUUGUAGGCCUUGCAAACUAAGACACUUAAAGUCAUGACAAGGGCCAUGACUUCUACUGAUGAACAAGUUUACGAUCGGGUUGUAGAAGAAAGCAUAGAGGAUAUCUAUAUCUAUAUAUAUAUAUAUAUAUAGAUAUAUAUAUAUAUAGAGAGAGAGAUAAAUAGAUUUUUUUUUUUUUUUUUGCUUCAGAUGCCAAGCAAAAUCUUUCAUUGCCUUCUUUAGAAAUGCAAAGUAAGCACUGAGAGGAAUAGUCUUAGCACUUUAUCGAUGCAGCAAUACUUGAAGCGUCGCAGUUUUUACCAAGACAUUUGGCGUUAUGCUAGUGCAGUAUAUCUAAUAACUGGUGCAUAAUCCUUCUGCUUCUGUUAAUUAAUUUCUGUACCGUGUGACAUUUCUAUGCCAUGAAAGUUUUAUUCAAUCUUUUUAUUUUCUGCUUUAUCAUACAUCUUACAACUUUGGUACUCUGUCUUCAAUCCACCUGGUGUCAUUACAGGAAGAUGACACAGACUCAGAAAAUGUGAGCGUCAUGUCAAAUAAAGUUUCAUUUUCCUUAA